AUGGAUUUAUUUAAUUCCGCUUUAGGAAGAAACAUUACUUUUGUACGCCCUCCAUAUUUCAUAAUUACCGGAUUUAUUGGUAUACCAAAUGUAAAAUAUUACUAUAUCUUUCUCUUCUUUGUCUACAUUGUUUCUGUGGUAGGGAACACCGCUGUAAUGGCUGUAAUAUACAUGGACAAUAGUCUAAGAACUCCAAAGUAUAUUGCUGUUUUUAACCUUGCAUUUGUUGAUCUGUUGGGAAACUCAGCCCUGGUUCCAAAGGUUCUUGACAUUUUCCUGUUUAACCAUAAUGUUAUCCCUUAUAAUGACUGCAUGACUUUCCUGUUUUUUUGCUACACUUGUCUCUGCAUGCAGUCUUUCAAUCUGGUUGCCCUCUCCUAUGACCGCCUGGUGGCCAUCAUCUUUCCUUUGCAUUAUCAAUUGAGGGUGAACCAGACAUUUAUGCUGUCAAUGAUUGCCUCGUUCUGGGUUUUUACUAUAACUGCAGUACUGAUUUCAGUCGGUCUUCUAACCAGACUUUCCUUCUGCAAGUCUGUUGUCAUCAACAGUUAUUUUUGCGAUCAUGGCCAGCUGUACAGACUUGCAUGCAAUGACAAUUUUCCUAAUGAUGUUGUUAGCUUUUUUUACCCUGUUGUUAUAUUUUGGCUACCUCUGGUUUUUAUUCUUUCGAGCUAUCUAUACAUUGGCUAUACUUUAGUUAAGGUGGCUACACUUCAACAAGGAAUUAAGGCUUUUAAAACAUGCUUGGCUCAUCUCUCAUUGGUGGUGGUCUAUUUUACCCCAGUGUUGAUUACGUUUACAUUGAUGGAUAAAAUUCACCCAAACAACCGGAUUAUAAAUCUGUCUCUCACCUCAGUUUUUCCUCCGAUGUUGAACCCGAUCAUUUAUGUUCUACAGACAAAGGAAAUCCAAACAUCGCUCAAGAAAAUUUCAAAAAUCUAUCGAAAAUCCAAAAUGAAAAUAAAAUCUUUACCAAUGUGA